AGUUAAAGUAAAUAACAUAUUAAAUGGUUGCGUUUGGAUGAAAUGAUGGGAAGGGAAAUAGAAGGAGAGAUGGAAGAAGAUUUUUCAAAACAAAAGCUAGAACUCGACGAUUACAAUGAUAACGGAGAUUUCAAGUCAUCCUGGUGGAAAAGAAAACUAACACUACUGAAUCUCGAUUCAUCAACUAGAAAUGGCGAGAGAUCGAGAGAUGCAGGGAAGAACAAUAGCGCAAACUUCAGAUCUCUAAGUCAAAUUGUCAUUCAUCCUCAUAACUGGCGAUACGUUCUUUGGACGCAUUUCAUUUUGGUAUGGGCUGUGUACUCUUCCUUCUUUACGCCACUGGAAUUCGGAUUCUUCAGGGGUCUCCCCAAGAAUCUCUUCCUCCUCGACGUUGCCGGCCAGAUCGCCUUUCUCAUCGAUAUCGCUGUUCACUUUUGUGUUGCCUAUCGCGAUUCGCAUUCUUACCGCUUUGUCUACGACCGUAAUCUCAUCGCUAUCAGAUAUUUGAAGUCUCGAUUUGUGGUUGACUUAAUGGGUUGUAUGCCCUGGGACGCUAUCUACAAGGCUUCUGGUAAGAAGGAGCUUGUGAGAUAUUUACUAUGGAUUCGGCUAAGUCGAGCCUUAAGAGUUACUGAAUUCUUUGAGAAAUUGGAGAAGGAUAUACGAAUAAAUUACCUCGGUACAAGAAUUGCGAAGCUUUUUGUUGUGGAGCUUUAUUGUACUCAUACAGCUGCCUGUAUUUUCUACUAUCUUGCUACUACUCUACCUCCGUCAAAAGAAGGGUACACCUGGAUAGGAAGCCUAAAGUUGGGGGACUAUAGCUAUUCAAACUUUAGAGAAAUUGAUCUUUGGAAGCGUUACAUCACAUCAUUAUAUUUUGCUGUUGUAACUAUGGCAACUGUUGGUUAUGGUGACAUACAUGCAGUCAAUGUCAGGGAAAUGAUUUUUAUCAUGAUUUUUGUCUCCUUUGAUAUGAUUCUUGGUUCUUAUUUGCUUGGUAACAUGGCAGCAUUGAUAGUAAAAGGAUCAAAAACAGAAAAGUUUAGAGAUAAAAUGAAGGAUGUUAUUAAAUACGUGAAUAAAAAUAAGCUCAAUAGGAAAUUAAGUAAAGACAUCAAAGAUCAUCUUCAAUUACAGUACUGCCACUCCUCUGAGUUUGGUGUUCUUCAAGAUAUUCCAGCUUCAAUUCGUGCCAAGAUAUCCCAGAAUUUGUACGAGCCAUACAUUAAGGAAGUCUCUCUUUUCAAAGGUUGCUCUCAGGGAUUCAUAAAACGAAUUGCAACCAAAGUUCGUGAAGAGGCUUUUUUCCCUGGACAAAUGAUUAUUGAACGUGAAAACUUAGUUGACCAACUCUAUGUUGUAUGUCAUGGUGAAUUGGAGGAAGUUGAAAACUGGGAUACUGAAGAUGAAGAGUUAAUUAGGGGUCUUGGAACAUAUAGCUCAUUUGGUGAAAUUUCUUUCCUUUGCAAUUCUCCUCAUCCCUACCAUGUUCGGGUUCGUGAGUUUUCCAAGAUCUUGCAACUCGAUAAACUGUCAUUUAAAGAAACCUUGGAAUUACACUUUUUAGAUGGACAGAUCAUCUUAGACAAUGCCCUUGAGUGGCCAAUGCAAUCGAAUCUGCAAGUUAGGAAAGGGGAUCGUGAACUUGAGUUAGCCAUUAAGGUCAACUGUGCUGCUCAUGAUGGGGAUCUAAAUCAACUCAAACGGUUGAUUAAAGCAGGAGCAGAUCCCAAUAAAACAGAUUAUGAUGGAAGAUCGCCUCUGCAUUUUGCUGCAUCGAAAGGAUAUGAAGCUAUUGUUUGUUUUCUUAUUGAACAAGGAGCAAAAGUUAAUGUUCCAGAUAAGUUUAGGAACAUGCCUUUACUUGAAGCCAUUCAGAAUGGACAUGAGCAAGUAGCUUCUUUACUUGCCAAAGCUGGAGCAACCAUUGUUGCUAAUGAUGCUGGUGGACUUCUUUGUUCUACUGUCGCAAGAAGGGGUUUGGGUUUUCUGAAAGGACUUCUGGCUAAUGGCAUUGAUCCAAAUGCUAGAAACUAUGAUCAACGGACUCCACUUCACAUAGCUGUCUCAGAAGGUUUGUAUCCUUUUGCAGAGGUACUUUUAAAUGCUGGAGCCAGUGUUUUUGCAACGGACAGAUGGGGAAAUACUCCGCUUGAUGAAGCUCGUACCAGAGGAAAUAAGAAUUUGAUCAGGCUACUUGAAGUUGCAAGAAUUUUUCAGUUAUCUGAAAACAACUCUGAUAUAUCCGAAGAGAUUCAAGGUACUAAUUGAUCAUUUGUAAGUAUAAAAUGUAUGCGUUAAAAUCACUUAAAUCUUUACUUAUCCCAAGACAAAUAUUUUGGUGAUAAUGUUUUACCUUUUUUUUGUUUGGUUGUUCAUGCUCCUUUUA